GCAGUUAUCAAGUAUAUAUUCCUGACGACUAUACCGGUGAUCCUGCUAUUCGAGCAGUCUGUCCUAAAUCAGAAUGUCAACAAAAAGAAAGGGAAUUAAAACAAAAAAUUAAGGACUUAAAAGAAAAAGAACAGCAAGAAAAGUCAGCAAAAAUUCAAGGACAAAUUGAAAAUUAUAAAGAAUUAGAAAAAGAAAUUAACGAUAUAGUUGCUGACA